CGCAUACUAUAGAAGAAUACUAAAUGAAGAUUCUUUGAGAGAAUAAAAUUUAGUGAACUGAAGUGGUGAAGUUUAGUGAUUGUGAAACGAGUAGAUGUCUUUGGAAGUGUCUUGAGCGGAAUCUGGCGAAGGAACGAGGUGAAGAUCGUUGCAAGACGCGUGGGCUACACCUUGUUGGGGCCGAUCGGUGAACGUUCCGAUGUAAAUGUCACGGGCGGCAUUGGCUACGAUCGAACGUGAGAAUACUUGGAGCUGAAAGAGACGCUGCGGAAUCGGUGAUGAGGAAACGUUGAGGACGGCUAAUUUGUAAAGGAAGAAUAACAACAUGGGCUCGAAGAUAGAGUACGUGGAAUCCUCCCAUAUGUACGCGACGAAUUACAUUCGUAAUUCGAAGGCGAUCGGCGUCCUCUGGGGUAUUUUCACCAUAUGCUAUGCUAUAAUCGGUGUCGUGGCCUUUAUCACGCCAGAAUGGUUAGGCGACUUGGAACAUGAGAAUCCAGGAAGAUUUGGUCUCUGGACUAGAUGUAGCUACGGUGGAAAUGGUGAAUUGGGCGAAGAAUGUAUCGGUAGACUAGACGAUCUAUCAACAAUCGCCAACAUUCCCUUCAGAGCGAGCACCAUUCUAGUCGGCAUCGCGGUUAUAAUCGCUCUGUUGACUAUUUGCGCGAUGCUUUUGUUCUUCUUCUGCCAGAGUACAACUGUCUUCUAUUUGUGCGCCUGGAUGCAAGUAGUCUCAGCGAUAUCCAUGGCUAUCGGAGUUUGCAUUUAUCCUCUGGGCUGGGAUUCACCGUUAAUUCGAGCUGUCUGCGGCGCAGCCGCAUCUAGAUACAAUCCAGGCGCAUGCGCCGUUAGAUGGGCGAUACCGUUAGCAGCGAUCGCCGCUUUGGACGCCGCUACACUGGCUGCACUCGCUUUUAUUUUGGCGUCCAGGCACGUCAGACUUCAACCAGAGCCAUUCAACAAUGGUUCUCUAUACAAAGGCGAAGUAAAUCCAGGAUACGUGAACGAAGCGCAGAGCGUUGCUGGUUCGCGAAAAUCGUUGUCCUUGCGACCGGUUCUCUUGGUGGCUCCUCCGGAACAAGAUCGCUACAGUGAGCUCUCCAGAGCGAAAUCCCAUUCACAUCACAGCCUCUACACACCAGCUCCUUCACAUCCAGCCCAUACGAUAUCGACAAACACGUUGAAUCAUUCUCAGCACAAUUUCCAAUUGUAG